AUGGAAAGCAGCAAGGUCAUCUCUACAGACAAAGCUACAGUUUUUAUCCAAAUAAAUCCACAGGAGACAAAAGACAGCGUUAUUUUUGUUGAUGGACAGCCGGCCAUGGGAACAAAUCUCAAUACAACUCUUAAAGAAUUUUUUAAACCACAACCAAAGGCACUGGGGACUGUACAGAUAAUGAUUGGACUGAUGGUCUUCUCACUUGGUAUUCUACACACCACAAAUUUCUACAGACACUCUGCUAUAGUUGUCUAUAGUGGCAUCACCUACUGGGGAUCUCUCAUUUACAUCAGCGCUGGCUCUCUGUCUGUUGCAGUGCAGAAAAAACGUAAUCCAUGUUUGGUGAAAGCCUCUCUUGGAAUGAAUGUGUUCAGUGCCAUAACUGCAGGACUAGCCAUUAUACUGAUGGCUCUUCAGAGACCCAAGUGCUAUCGCUGCGGUGAAGAUGGGCAUUUUGCCAACAAGUUUACCUCUCCCGAGAACUAUCCCAAAGUUAUUCUGAAACUGCUGCAAGCUCAAAUAAAGUCCAAGCAGAACCACAAAUCUGAUAACGAAACAAGAACCAAGCCCACAAAUGCAAGUGUCAAGAGAAGCUCGGUAAAUGUACAGACCAACAGUUUGCCCAGGGGACUCGUGGGACUGCCUUCCACUGCUCAAUUCAGGAUCAAUGGCAACCCCUGCACUGCGCUGAUGGACAGUGGAUCUCAAGUUACCAUCAACUUGGACAGCUGGUAUGCCAAACACCUGUCACACAUCCAGUUAAACUUUGUUGAUCAGUCUAGCCAUAUGGGACCUAAGUGA